AUUGCUUAACAGGCUUCAAUUUCUUUUUCAGAAAAUGGAGCUGCUUCAUGUAAUCAUCAAGUCAGGGCCGUCGCCCCGACCCUUGGCCUGGUCCCUGGAGGUCUCUCCCACCGAGGAGGGCGACGACUGGAGAAUGGUGCGGGCCUUCGGAGACAGGGACCACUGCCGCAAGCUAUGGGACCUUAGGCCCGAGAGACGCCGCCGCAAGGCGAGGGCAGCGAAGAGAAUCAACAGAGCUGAUAAACCUGCCUGUUCCACUCAGUUUGCUAGCCCGAGACCAUUGGAGAAUGGGGAGAUGCACGUGGGUAUAGGUGAGGGAGUGCUAGCGCGGCGCGUGCGACUCUCGUUCCGCGCCACGCAUGCGGGCCCCGCACGCCAGCAGUACUACACCGUGCGGGCUCUUACGAUAGCCGCGCGGUGUCUGUGCCACGGACACGCUACUAAGUGCCAUGUCAAUGCUAGGGUUUGUUAUCAAUGA